AUGGAAGGACAAGUUUUAUCUUCUAACUUUGAGAAUGAAAACCAAGCAAACACUGAGCUUUGUGGAAACAAUGGCCAAAUACCUUCACAGUAUUAUGUGGACCUAUUUUAUAGCCAACUAGCUUAUUCAUAUUAUGGGUCUCUGCAUUUUUACUGGCGAGAGAACUUCUGUAGGAUUAUCAAAGAAAAAGGCCUUUUAGUUGGAAGUAGAGAACCGCUAAGCAUGGGUUUCCAUGAUCCACUUGCUCACUUGACUGAGAAAAAAGUUACUAGUUUAACCAAUAUAUGUUCAGAUUCUAGUCAGGAUUUGGGUCCAAAGAUACAUUUAACUGCUUCUGUAUUUUAUAGAGGGGACCCCGACCAUAUUCUAUUAGCUCAAGCCUAUGACAGCUCUAUCCCAGAUCCCAAAGAGUGUGAUAUUACCACUGAGUUCUCUCUAAUUGCAGAGUAUGAUAGCCAAAACAAGGAAUUUUCCUAUCCAGGGGAGAAAAAGUACUCCAUAAAUCCUUGGGAAAGAUACCACAUUUCAAUAUUGAUGAAGGCAAUCUUUGUGUUCAUGUUCUUCGAUGUUUCCAAAGAAUUUUACAUUAUUUUGAUUUCUCUUUACUUUUUGUAUAUUAGAGGCUUAUUUGAUGGCUUACAAGAACUAAUUGAGAGGAUUUCAUCAAACCAGCCAAUGGAUACUACCCUCGCGGAAUUGAGGAGGAGGAGAGCAGAGAUCGAGCUUGAAGCUCAGAUAAAUUUCGAAAGAGAACAAGAACUACUUAUUAACUCAGAACUUGACCAAAUUAAGAGCCAAACAAAAGAACAAGCUGGAGACCAGGAAGGCUUAGGACCCUUCUUAUCCCAGAUACCUUCUCCAAAUGAGAUUUCUGAGGAUGUCUCCUCCAAGAUAACCCCACCAAAUGAGGAAUUUGAGGAUGGUUCCUCUGUGAUCUCUGCCUAUGAAGAAACUCACUUUUUGGAUUCAUUGGGUGUAUUAUCUCCAAAUGAGGUCCUUAAUAUUUCUCAGACUCAAAAUAUAAAGGAUCAUAGUGAUAAUUCAAGGAAAGAAGGUACUACAAAUGUUCAAGAAAGUGCUCAGGAGGUUUCUGGAGCUACACAGGAUAACCAAGUUCAGGCUGUCAAAUAUUUAACAUGUGUAAUUUACCAAACUAUAGGUAUGUACAUCUUCACCCUGAUGCCAUGGUGGAAUCCAGACCCCACAUAUCUCAUCUAG